UUAUGAAUUCAAACUUUCGGAUGAUGAAUGGGAUACCCUUGCAAAAAUAUGUCAUUUCCUAAAGCCAUUUUAUGAAAUCACUAUGUUAUUUUCUGGUUCUGAAUAUCCUACCGCAAAUUUGUAUUUUGCUAGUGUUUUGAAAAUUGAGCACACAAUAACUAAAGCCCAUAUAGACCCUAAACUUGCACCCAUGGCAAAAGUUAUGCUUGAAAAGUUUGAGGGCUAUUGGGAUGACUAUAGUUUGAUCCUUUCAAUAGCUAUUGUUCUUGAUCCUCGCUAUAAGCUUUUUCGAUUGACGAAUAUGUUGAAAGUGCUUUAUGUUGAGGAGGCAUGUGUUGAAAAGGCGAAGGUGAUUAAAGAUGCUCUUUUGGAGUUGUAUAACUUUUAUUCUUCUAUGUGUUCCGGUUUUAAGUCAAGUACAAUUGUUCCCCCCUUAAUCCCUAUUGGGGUUGAUAAAUCAAAUAGUCUCUUGGAUGAUGAUGAUAUAUUCAAGGAUGUUGAUGUUGAUGAUAGCCUAAAUCGACCAUCGAUGGAGAUUGAUAAUUAUUUGAAUACUCCUCGUCAACCAUCAAUUGAAGGGCAGAAUUAUGAUGUUCUCAAGUAUUAGGAAUCUCAAAUUAAUGUGUACCCCAUAUUAGCUAUUAUGGCUAGGGAUGUUUUGGCCAUUCCUAUUACAUCGGUAGCCUCUGAGUCUUCUUUUAGCAU